AUGUCAGGAAGUGAAGAUCCAAAAUCAAAGAUAAGUGAUACAAAAUCUUCUCAACCUCAAUCGGGUGAAUCAAGAAUGUUAUUUGGUACUAAAUUAGAACAUGAAACUUAUCCUCCAUGGAAAGAUUAUUAUAUUAAUUAUAAUCAAUUAAAAAAAUUAUUAAAAGAAGGUGUAAUAUUAAAAAAUAAUUGGACUGAUAAAGAUGAACAAAAUUUUGUAAGUGCAUUAGAUGAAAAUUUAGAAAAAGUUUUUGGAUUUCAACAUAAUAAAUUUGAUGAAUUAAAUGAAGAAUUAAAUAAAUUACAACAACAAACUGAAAUUGCAAAUACUUUUGAUGUUGAUUCAUUUUCAAAAAAAUUAGAUAAUUUAUUAAAUGAAGCUCAACAAUUAGAACAUUUUCAAAGAUUAAAUUAUACUGGAUUUAUUAAAAUUGUUAAAAAACAUGAUAGAUUACAUCCAGAAUAUUCUGUAAAACCUUUAUUAAAUGUUAGAUUAAAAAAAUUACCUUUCCAUUCAGAAGAUUAUUCACCUUUAUUAUAUAAAGUUGGAACAUUAUUUCAAUUUUUAAGAGAAAAUUAUGAAGUUGAUCAAUCAUUAUCAAAAUUAUCUUCAUUUAAUGAUGGUGCAUUAAAUGGUGAAUUUCAAUCUUUUAAAUUUUGGAUUCAUCCAGAUAAUUUAAUGGAAGUUAAAACUACAAUUUUAAGGCAUUUACCUGUGUUGAUUUAUAAUUCUAAAAAUGAUGAUGAUGAUGACGAUGAUGAUGACGACGAAGAAGAAGGUAAUUCAUCAGGUCAUAAAGUCACUCAAACUGAUCAAACUAUUAAUUGUUUAUAUUUUGAUAAUGAACAUUUUGAUUUAUAUAAUCAUAAAUUAACAAAAUUAAAUAAUUCAGCUACUUUAAGAAUUCGAUGGAUUGGUAAAUUAUCAGAUAAACCUAAAAUAACAAUGGAAAAAAAACAAUUUGAUAUUAAUUCAAAUUUUCAUAUUGAUGAUAAAAUUGAAUUAAGACAAAAAUAUAUUAAUCAAUUUGUUAUUCAAAAUCAAAUUCCUUCUAAAAUUUUAAAAUUAAAUGAUGAAUCAGCUGUUAAAAAUUUAUCAAAUUUUAUUGAUGAAAAUCAUUUACAACCAAUUUUAAGAACAACUUAUAAUAGAACAGCUUUUCAAAUUCCAGGAGAUGAUAAAAUUAGAAUUAUAAUUGAUUCAAAUUUAACAUUUAUAAGAGAAGAUUCUUUUGAUUCAAGAUUACCAAUAAGAGAUCCAAAUCAAUGGCAUAGAUUAGAUUUAGAUAAUUCUAAAAACACACCACAAUUUUUAAGAAAAGGUGAAUAUAAUAAAUUUCCUUUCUCAACAAUGGAAAUUAAAAUUAAAAAAUCAUCAGUUAAAAAUUUUAAAAAAUUACAAUGGAUAAAUGAAUUAAUUAAUAGUUCAUAUUUAGUUAAAGAAAUUCCUAAUUUUUCAAAAUUUAUUCAUGGUGUUGCUUCAUUAUUUUUAGAAGAUGAUAAAUUAGAUAAUAUUCCAAUGUGGUUUAAUGAAUUAGAAGGUGAUAUAAAUGAUGAUUUACCAAUUAUACCUUCAAAAGUUAAUAAUGAUGGUAUAACUGAAUUAAGUAAUGAUGAUAAUUUAUCAAAAUUUAAAUCAAUGAUUUUAAAAAAUAAUAAUUCAAAUUUUCAACCAAGAUCUGCUUCAUUUUCUGGUAGUUUAUUAUACAAGAAUGAAGAAGAAGUUGAUGAUGAUAGUAAUGGUAAAAUAGUUACAAUUGAUGAAGAAAUUUCACCAACUGAUAAAUUACAAACUCAACAACAAAUUAAUUUAACAACAGAUGAUCAAUCAUCAGAUUUUGAUGAUGAUGAAGAAGACGAAGAAGAUGAAGAAACUCCUAAAUCAACUGGUAUAAGUAGAUUUACAAAUCAAUUUUCAAAAUUAAUUGAUGUUGAUUCAGAAGAUGAAGAAAUUGAAUUACCACCUGGAGUAAUAAAACCAGAACAAUGGAUUAAAAAUAUGGGACCAUUAAAAAUUGAACCAAAAGUUUGGUUAGCAAAUGAAAGAACUUUUAAUAGAUGGUUACAUGUAACAACAUUAUUAUCAUCAGUAACAUUUAUUAUAUAUUCAUCAACUUUAAGAUCAAAUUUUGCAAAUUUAAGUACUUAUUUAGCUUAUUUUUAUUUUUUUUUAACGGUUUUUAGUUGUAUUUGGGGUUAUUAUAUUUUCAUGGAAAGAAGAAAAAUUAUAAUGGAAAGAUCUGAUAAACAUUUAGAUAAUUCCGUGGGACCAUUAAUUAUUGCUUUUGGUUUAAUUAUUGCUUUAAUUAUUAAUUUUAUAUUUGGUUGGAAAAGUUUAAAUUUAGAUUAUGAAAAUGAAUUUUAUAAUAAUAAUCAAUUUCAUAAAAAGAUUCAUCAAUUUGUUGUUGAAAUGGUUAAUUAA